AUGGCCGCCUCGCGUGAAGCGCUCAUCGAAAACGCCGGGCAAAUUUUGGCCGAUGAGGGCAAGCCGCUGAAGCUGCGUUUCCGUGGCCUGUUCGCGCUGCGCAACUUUGGCUGCGACCGCUCGGUGGAGCUGAUCUCGAAGGUGUUUGUCGAUCCGUCGGCGUUGUUGAAGCACGAGCUCGCCUACUGCCUGGGCCAAAUGGGCAACCCGUCGGCGGUGCCGUAUUUGAUAUCGACGCUCGAGGAUAAGAAGCAGGAGCCAAUGGUUCGCCACGAGGCCGCUGAGGCCCUGGGCGCAAUCGGUGACGCCUCAGCUAGGGCGGUGCUCGUCGACUAUUGCAAGGAUGAGUCGCCCGAGGUAGCCGAAACCUGCCAGCUAGCCCUCCAACGUCUUGAUUACGUGACAACGGGCGGGGAAACAAAUUCCCCGUACAACUCGAUCGACCCGACGCCGACGGCUUCUGAUGAUGACGUCGCGUCGUUGCAGGCCACUCUACUAGACGCGAAAUUGCCGCUUUGGGAUAGGUACCGCGCCAUGUUCAAGCUGCGCAACCUGAACACGGACGAGUCGAUCAAGGCGCUGGCGCAGGGGCUCUACUGCGAGGACAGCGCCCUCUUCCGCCACGAGGUGGCCUACGUGCUCGGCCAGGUGCAGAGUCCGGUCGCCAUCAAGGAGUUAACGGAUCGCCUCGUGCUCUCCACCGAGAAUUCAAUGGUACGCCACGAGUGUGCAGAAACCCUCGGCUCGAUCGCCACCACCGAAUGUAUAGAGACGCUCGAAAAAUACGCGAAGGAUUGUGAGCGUGUGGUGCGCGAGUCGUGUGAGGUUGCGCUCGACAUGGCCGACUACGAGAAUUCGGGCGAUUUCCAGUACGCGGGCGCCACCCAU